AUGGCAGAGAUCGUCAGAUACUACUAUACGUGGAAGAAAACUGCCAAAGGCCGUGAGAUAUGGGGCGGCUCCGAGGGGCGGAAAGGGAAAGUGGAGGUUAAAGUUAGGGGCAAGGAGCAUGGAACGAAAUUGGUGGACGAUGUUGCCGAUAGUGAUAACAGCCCUGCAUUUGAUAAAACCAAAGCGAGCGAUAGUAAAAGGGAAUUUGAACACAAGUUUUGUAAUACCCGUGAGAGCAGAUGGUGGAGGCGUGGACCCGGUGUACAGCCCGGAACAUUGAUCCUCGCAGAUAAAGGUACCGCAAGCUCAAACAUGCAGGGUCAUUACGCUAUGUAG